AAGUUCUGUUUUUAAUAAUCCGAAUCCCUCAAAAAAAAAAAAAGUCAAAUCCACGAGAGAUAAAUACUCUCUCGUGCAGUUUCACAGAUCCGAUUUCUCCAAAGCUUUAUGUGUUAUCUUCCCUUUUGAAGCGCCUGUUUAUUUUCCAAGAAAAUACAUCAAAAUCCGAUCUUUUUCACUUUCUCCGAGAAAGUAAAGUUUUCAUCUUUCCAGUUUUAGUUCAAACACACCAGAACAGAGAGUUUGAGCAAAAGGGUAUCAUCUCCAACGAUAUCUCGUGAUUAUGAAGAGAAAGUUUUCAUUUUUUAAGUGAAGGAGAUUUUGAGAAAAUUGGUUGAAGUUAAUGGCUGAAGAAGGCUGAGUCUCUCUGUAUCUGCUGAUCAAAUUGGUUCUUUGACUGGUGCUUGAAGAUAUAGCUCUGGUGUAUUGACUUCUCUUUCUGCAAGAUUUACUCUGUUGAAACAUGAGGGCAGAUAAUGAUCAUGCGGUUGGAAACUCGGUAGAGAGUUGCAAAGAUGAGUCUAAGCCUCAGAACUAUCCUGAAGAGAAGUGGGAGGAGGCAGAGCUAAAGGUCCCGGAAAAUGGGAAGAGCGAUAACAAUGUGUGUGAGUUGUUCUAUGAUACAAGAACCGGCGAGGAAUGGGAUAAAGAUAAUGAUGUCAACCUUUCUUGUGAGGCUGGAAAGAAACUAGGAGCUGAUAAUAUCGAUGCUAAAAAUGCUUCUCUUGAGACAGUUGAUCCUGUGAUUUUCAUGGACAAGAACGUUACUGCCUGUGACUUGCCCGAGAUUGUAGUUUGCUACAAGGAGAGCACUUACCAUGUGGUGAAGGACAUAUGUGUAGAUGAAGGCGUGCCGGUUCAGGAGAAGUUCUUAUUCGGCGAGAAAGGCUCAGUGAAUUGUAGCUCAGAUUUAAACCAGUGUGAGUCAGAGGAUUUGGUGAAAGCAGACAAAGGAAUAGAAACCAAGUCCUCAGAAGAAGACAGAAACAGUGAAGUUAAUGAUGACUCUGAGCUUUGUAAUGAUCAUCCUAAGACAAACCAAGAUGUUGAAGAAUCUCCAAGAGAAGACUUUGCUGAUGCUGAAGGUACUAGCAGUUGCAAUCAAGAUCAUUUGAUUGUGACAGGAGAGGAGGGCAAGGACUCGCUCACAUCUGAAAGUUCUCAUGAGAUUGAAGUGGCUACAUUGGAGAAUAGUGUUCCAAAUGAAUCUAAAACUUUGGGAGAUAUUCUGUCAUGGGAAGAUGAACCAGAACCUCUUAACAACUUUAGUGAUAGACGUGAAGAACAAUCUCCACCUCAGCUUCAGGCAAUAUACAUUUCAUUGAUAAACUUUCAUGUGUGUGACUUGCAGGAGAAGGAAAGACAUGAGCCAAAAGAAGCAGAGGAGGAGCUUUCCUCUGUUCCUACAACAACCUCUCAAGAACCAAAUACAACUUUCUACGACCUUGAGAAGCCUGAAACUGACAAUCAACUACCAAAUUUGUUAGUGGGAGAUUCUUUGGAAGACAACAAACUUAUCUCCAGUGGAUUAUUUGGAGAGACAAGUUUCUCGGCAGCGGAAGCAGUUUCAAUCUCAGGUCAUAUAACAUACACAGGACCAAUUGCAUUCUCUGGAAGCCUCUCUGUUCGUUCUGAUGCAAGCACAACAAGUGGAAGAUCCUUUGCUUUCCCAGUAUUACAGUCAGAAUGGAACAGUAGUCCUGUAAGAAUGGCCAAACCAGAGAAGAGAAGACAGAAAGGAUGGAGACAGAUUCUUCUUUGCUGUAGAUCCUCUUGAUGAACUACUUCAAAAGCUACUUUACUUUGAAGCUCUAGAGGAAGAAGGAGAUAUGACAUUUUACAAUAUUUUUUUUUUAAAAAGGAUGUUCUAUAUUUUAAAUGCUGAAGUAAAUAUUUCUUUCUCUCUUUUUUUGGGUGGUUUAUAGUUAUGCCAUGGUGUGUGUAGUUGGCAUUUUGGAAGUAGUAUUAACAGCUAGGUGUUUUUGAGAUUGGUUAAAGAUGCAACAUGGUCGGUGUUAUGUAACCGAUGAGUUUAUUAUAACUUCAUUUUCAUU